UAGGUGCUAUUGAAGCUAAUUUGCCUAUUUUUAAUUAUAAAUUUUCCUACAAUAGCCUUCCUUUUCUAACAAUCCUAAUUUUCCUAAACUCAAAACUCCCGCCAACUUCAUCCUUCACAUCCCUCCAAAAACCUCAAACCCUACUCUCUCUCUCUCUCUCCCUCUCCUAUUACCUCUCUCCUUCUCACACAAGUACACAACAAAAAUGGCGGAUGAAGAAGAAAUCCACUCAUCAGAAACCCUAAAACCCUCAUUUCCAACGGGAAGAGUGAAGAAAAUCGUGAAAUUCGACAAAGACAUCACCAGAAUCACCUCCGAAGCUCUCUUCCUCGUCUCCGGCGCAACGGAGUUAUUCCUCCAUUUCCUCACCGAGAAAUCCGCCGAAAUCGCCGUCGAAAAGAAGCGUAAAAACAUCAAGGUCGACUACCUCAGACUCGCCGUCAAGCGACACCAGCCGACUCGCGAUUUUCUGCUUGAUUCACUUCCGAUGCCGUCUUCUCAGCCGUUGGAUGAGCCUCCUGCUGAUCGGACGGUUAAGAGGAAGUCUGUUCUUCCGCCUAAUACUCGUCGUAUUGAUAGCUUCUUCUGUAAGCCUCCUCAGAAUGAUGAUUUGAGAAAUGAAGGUGAAGAUCCUGAUGUUGAUGAUGAGGAGGAGACCUAGGGUUUUGGUGUUAAUUGUGGUAAUUUAUGUCAUUUGAUAGUGUUAGAUUGAUAAAAUGUUGGUGGUUAUGUGUUUGUAGAUUGUUGAGACUUUCAAUUCAA